UUAUUACUACUAAUAAUAAAAAAAAUAUCUCUCCGCGCUACAAAUACUAGACCCACACUAAAAUUUUGUGGGAACCAGAAAAAAUCUACACCCGCCGAGAAAGUCGUAACCAACGGUCGAUCGUUACAUACAAUAAAUGGCUAUAAUCGCUGCCGGAGAAGUAACGUCGAACGACGUCGUCCCCGGCUACGUCGACUUCAAGGGCCGCCCAUCCGUCCGCUCCAAAUCCGGUUUCUGGAAAUCAGCUUCUUUCAUUGCAGGUUUUGAAAUGGCGGAGAGGUUUUGUUACUAUGGAAUUAGCUCGAAUUUGGUGAGUUAUUUAACCGGCGAGUUAGGGCAAUCCACGGCCGCCGCCGCAGCGAACUUGAAUGCAUGGUACGGCACGGCGGCGCUCUCGCCGAUUCUCGGCGCCCUUCUGGCGGACUCGCUUUUGGGCCGCUUCAGAAUGAUUGUUUUGUCAUCUCUGCUUUAUGUAUUGGGACUUGGCUUCUUGACUCUAUCCUCUGCAAUGAAUUCAGUGAGGUGCAAAAAUGGUGUAAACAACACCACAUUAUGCUAUCCAUCUGAGAUUCAGACAAUUUUCUUCUUCUUGUCACUCUACAUGGUUGCAUUUGCUCAAGGUGGGCACAAGCCCUGCCUACAAGCAUUUGGUGCAGAGCAGUUUGAUGUGGGAAACUACGAAGAAAACGCGGCCAAGAGCUCCUUCUUCAACUGGUGGUUCUGGUUCUCAUGUCUGGGCGUAGUGGUGGCCCUCUCCGUUGUCAAUUACAUCCAAGAGAAUUUGAGUUGGGUGAUUGGAUUCGGCAUCCCUUCCCUGGUUAUGCUCUUCUCCUUGCUUCUCUUCUGCCUCGGCUCAUUCACUUACCGCUUCACCACUCACACCAAAAGGGACAAAAUGUUUAAACGCCACACUUGUGAGCUUGAGUCUCUGCUUCCAGUGUCAGAAGAAGCGAAAACAAUGGUGAGGCUAAUCCCCAUCUGGUGCACCAGUCUGGGCUACUCCAUUGUGUAUGCGCAGCCUUCAACUCUCUUCACCAAGCAGGCCUUCACCAUGGACCGUCACAUCGGCCCCAGCUUCGAGAUCCCCGCCGCCUCCUUCAUGCUCUGCAUCUCCCUCUCAAUCAUGCUCUUCGUCUCCAUCUACGACCGCGUAUUCGUCCCCGUGGCCAGGUCCAUCACCAAGAAGCCCUCGGGCAUAUCGGUGUUUCAGAGGAUCGGAGUCGGGCUGCUGCUGUCUCUGUUGUCCAUAGUGUUGGCGGCAGUCGUCGAGGCCAGACGCCUCAGGACUGCCCGCCAGCACGGCCUGGUGGACACGCCUGAGGCCAUGAUCCCGAUGAGCGUGUGGUGGCUGGCCCCACAGUACGCGCUCUCCGGGAUCUCCGACGUGUUUGGCAUGGUUGGUCUGCAGGAAUUUUUCUACGACCAAGUCCCCAAUCAGCUCAAGAGCACGGGGCUCGCCCUGUAUCUCAGCAUACUCGGCGUCGGCAGCCUCGCUAGUAGCUUCUUGGUAUCCGUGAUCCAGAAUGCCACAAGCGGAGACGGCGGUGGCGGCUGGUUUUCCGACAACUUGAACACCGCGCAUCUUGAUUACUUCUACUGGCUGCUGGCGGGGAUUAGUGCGGUCUCUCUUGUUGGCUAUGUUUACUCUGCCAAGUAUUAUUCUUUUAGUUGAAAGGCCCCUCACCCGACCCUCUCGUACGACUAUGGGUUUUUUUUAAAGAACUUAUAAGUUCUUGGUGCUAGAUAUAUAUUUGAAGCUUAUAAGUUGUUAAAGUAUUUGAAUAAUUGAAUUUAUAAGUUAGAGAUAAAAAAAAUUAAUUAGAAAGAAAUAAUCAAAAAGAGGUGAAUUUAAGAGGAUAUAUAAUGAAAAUAACAAAUUAUAAUUCAAUAAUAUUUAUAAAAUAAUU